AUGCAAGACUCGACAACCUCGAUAGAGCCCACAAGCAAGGCGUCGUUCACGGGCUUACAACUGCCGGGUCUCUGGGCUUCGAAUACGCAAUUGUCUGCUCCACCGACGACUCCGCCCGAGCAAGCGGAUCAGGAUCCCGACUCGGACCCGGCGGCGUGGCGGUUCAGGCUUGUUGGAGGAGCGACUGUGCCUUUCCCCCUCCGAGCGAGAUCGCGACGGCCCAAGUUGAGCCUCAGCUCUGGUCUGCGAGAGGGCGCGCGAAGGUCUACCGUGAGCUUGUGA